CGGUCCUAGCCGCUCACCGCAAGAAGAAAAGCCACCCGUUCGUCCCCCUCCCCUACCUCCCAUCCUUUGCCCAGGAGCUGCCUUGGCAGUCACGCCCCUUCCUUCCGAGGAGCUUUCUGGCUGCCUAAACUGGUAGACCCCCUGAAUUACUCCUCCAUCUCCGCUCUCUUUCGCCUCCUCUUCUCUUAGUUCUCUCCGCCUCCCCCUCAGCUACCACCACCUCCAGUCAGUCUCGCCUCCGACUAUCCGCUGCUCCACCCUCUGGCCCGGUAUCCUGCCUGUCCGCUGCCACCAAGGAGAGCCCGGACGGAGCAGCGAGGAGGGGAGCAGCCGGGAGUUGGGGCUUCCCCCCUGCCCAUCCCUGGCCGCUGGCCCGGGACCGAAGCCACUUGAGCGAGCAGAGAGUCGUCACCUUGUCUUCGUUGCCUUCAGGGGCUAAGCGGUUCUCCCUUGGAAGCCUGAAGGAAAGAGGUUAUGGUGAGAACAGGAGUGCAAGAUUUCUAGCAGGUUCUUUUUACUGUACUCCACCUUUUUUUAGGGGGAGCUGCUGAGAAGGACAAAUAAGAUAGCAGAAGUGAAAGAGCUUUUUUGUCUUCUUAGAAGGAAGGCUGAGAAACUAAAGAGUGACCAGUGGUUGGAUUCUUGGCGGCGCUUACCCUGAACCUGAGUGUUAGGGGAGAGGGAAUCUGCCGUUGCGGUUUCUGGAGCUGCUCAUAAGCAAGAAUUCCCUAUCCUGAUCAAGGCUUUAAGCCUAAAAGAAAGCAGAAAUAGGUCAAGGGCAGCCCAGGUGCCCAAUUUCUCUCUCUCUUCACAAGGCACCACCAGCAAUAGAGAUGAGAAAUUCUGAAGAACAGCCAAGUGGAGGGACCACGGUAUUGCAGCGUUUGCUACAAGAGCAGCUUCGCUAUGGCAAUCCUAGUGAGAAUCGCAGCCUACUUGCCAUACACCAGCAAGCCACAGGGAAUGGCCCUCCUUUCCCCAGUGGCAGUGGGAACCCAGGCCCUCAGAGUGAUGUGUUGAGUCCCCAAGACCACCACCAACAGCUUGUGGCUCAUGCUGCUCGACAAGAACCCCAGGGGCAGGAAAUCCAGUCAGAAAACCUCAUCAUGGAGAAGCAGCUGUCUCCUCGAAUGCAGAAUAAUGAAGAACUCCCGACCUAUGAAGAAGCCAAGGUCCAGUCCCAGUACUUUCGGGGCCAACAGCAUGCCAGUGUUGGAGCUGCCUUCUAUGUCACUGGAGUCACCAACCAGAAGAUGAGGACCGAGGGACGCCCAUCAGUUCAGCGGCUCAAUCCUGGAAAGAUGCACCAAGAUGAGGGACUCAGAGACCUUAAGCAAGGGCAUGUCCGUUCCUUGAGUGAACGACUAAUGCAGAUGUCACUAGCCACCAGUGGAGUUAAGGCCCAUCCACCUGUUACCAGUGCUCCCCUCUCUCCACCACAACCCAAUGACCUCUACAAGAAUCCCACAAGUUCCAGUGAAUUCUACAAGGCCCAAGGGCCACUUCCUAACCAGCAUAGCCUGAAGGGCAUGGAACACCGAGGCCCCCCACCAGAAUAUCCCUUCAAGGGCAUGCCACCCCAAUCUGUAGUGUGCAAGCCCCAAGAGCCAGGGCACUUCUAUAGUGAGCAUCGCCUGAACCAGCCAGGGAGAACAGAGGGGCAACUGAUGAGGUAUCAGCAUCCCCCUGAGUAUGGAGCAGCCAGGCCAGCGCAGGACAUCUCAUUGCCAUUAUCAGCCAGGAACUCGCAGCCUCACAGCCCUACUUCUUCUCUGACCUCUGGGGGGUCCUUGCCCUUGCUACAAUCUCCACCAUCCACUAGAUUGUCUCCUGCCCGACACCCCUUGGUCCCAAACCAGGGAGACCAUUCAGCUCACCUGCCUAGGCCGCAGCAGCAUUUCCUUCCUAAUCAGGCUCACCAGGGGGAUCAUUACCGUCUCUCCCAACCUGGCCUGAGUCAGCAGCAGCAGCAACAGCAGCAGCAGCACCAUCAUCACCAUCACCACCAACAGCAGCAGCAGCAGCCACAGCAGCAGCCAGGAGAAGCCUAUUCAGCUAUGCCUCGGGCUCAGCCAUCCUCUGCUUCUUAUCAGCCAGUGCCAGCAGACCCUUUUGCCAUUGUUUCCAGAGCCCAGCAGAUGGUUGAGAUCCUCUCAGAUGAGAACCGGAACUUGCGGCAGGAGUUGGAAGGAUGCUAUGAGAAGGUGGCAAGACUGCAGAAGGUGGAGACAGAAAUCCAGCGCGUCUCGGAGGCAUAUGAGAACCUCGUGAAGUCAUCUUCCAAAAGAGAGGCUCUAGAGAAAGCCAUGAGAAACAAGCUAGAGGGCGAGAUUCGGAGGAUGCAUGAUUUCAACAGGGAUCUGAGAGAGCGUCUAGAGACUGCCAACAAGCAACUUGCAGAGAAGGAAUAUGAGGGGUCAGAGGACACCAGAAAAACCAUCUCGCAGCUCUUUGCAAAAAAUAAAGAAAGCCAGCGUGAGAAGGAGAAGCUGGAAGCAGAGCUGGCCACUGCCCGUUCUACCAAUGAGGACCAAAGACGACACAUCGAAAUCCGAGAUCAGGCCCUGAGUAACGCCCAGGCCAAGGUGGUAAAGCUGGAAGAAGAGCUGAAAAAGAAGCAAGUGUACGUUGACAAGGUGGAGAAGAUGCAGCAGGCCCUUGUACAGCUCCAGGCAGCAUGUGAAAAACGUGAGCAGCUAGAGCACCGUCUGCGGACACGACUGGAGAGGGAACUGGAAUCCCUGAGAAUCCAGCAGCGUCAGGGCAACUGUCAGCCCACCAACGUUUCAGAAUACAAUGCCGCUGCGCUGAUGGAGCUCCUUCGGGAGAAAGAGGAGAGGAUUCUGGCUCUGGAAGCUGAUAUGACAAAGUGGGAGCAGAAAUAUUUGGAGGAGAAUGUGAUGAGACAUUUCGCUCUGGAUGCUGCUGCAACCGUGGCUGCUCAGAGGGACACAACAGUCAUCAGUCACUCUCCUAACACCAGCUAUGACACAGCUCUAGAAGCUCGCAUCCAGAAAGAGGAGGAAGAAAUCUUGAUGGCCAAUAAGCGUUGCCUUGACAUGGAGGGCAGGAUUAAGACCCUCCAUGCCCAGAUUAUUGAGAAGGAUGCCAUGAUCAAAGUACUCCAGCAGCGUUCCCGGAAGGAGCCGAGCAAGACAGAGCAGCUGUCGUGCAUGCGGCCAGCGAAGUCUCUGAUGUCCAUUUCCAAUGCUGGAUCAGGCUUGCUCUCCCACUCAUCCACCCUGACUGGCUCCCCCAUCAUGGAAGAAAAGCGAGACGACAAGAGCUGGAAGGGGAGCCUAGGCAUUCUCCUGGGUGGAGACUACCGUGCUGAAUAUGUCCCUUCCACACCCUCGCCUGUGCCCCCCUCGACUCCCCUGCUCUCGGCUCACUCCAAGACAGGCAGCCGAGACUGCAGUACCCAAACUGAACGUGGGACGGAAUCGAACAAAACUGCAGCUGUUGCUCCCAUCUCUGUUCCUGCUCCAGUUGCUGCUGCUGCCACUGCUGCCGCCAUCACUGCCACUGCUGCCACCAUCACCACCACCAUGGUAGCUGCUGCUCCAGUUGCUGUUGCUGCUGCUGCUGCUCCAGCUGCUGCUGCUGCUGCUGCUGCUGCCCCGUCUCCAGCCACUGCUGCUGCUAUUGCUGCUGCUGUUUCUCCAGCUGCUGCUGGUCAGAUUCCAGCUGCUGCCUCUGUUGCCUCAGUUGCUGCCGUUGCUCCUCCUCCUGCUGCUGCUGCUGCUGCUGUUCAGGUUGCUCCAGCUGCUCCGGCUCCAGUUCCAGCUCCGGCUCUGGUUCCGGUUCCAGCUCCAGCAGCGGCUCAGGCUUCUGCUCCUGCUCAGACUCAGACACCAACUUCAGCUCCGGCUGUGGCUCCAACUCCAGCUCCAACUCCAACUCCAGCUGUGGCUCAGGCUGAGGUUCCUGCAAGUCCAGCUACUGGUCCUGGACCACAUCGUUUGUCUGUACCAAGUUUGACCUGCAAUCCAGACAAAACAGAUGGGCCUGUGUUCCACUCCAAUACUCUGGAAAGAAAAACUCCCAUUCAGAUCCUGGGACAAGAGCCUGAUGCAGAGAUGGUGGAAUAUCUCAUCUAAACGGCCAAAUCAAGAGCUGCAGAUUAUCAGCAAAAAUGCUUUUAAUCAUUUUCCCCCUUUUAUUGGUUCUUGUUUUGAGGGUGAGGACAAGGGUUGUGGGGAGGGGAUGUUUUUUAACAGGACAUUUUAUUGGAACAAUGUACUACUUGAGUAAUACCAUGUGAACACCAGUCUAUUUUGGUAUGCUUAGGGAGUACCUCUAAAGACAGAUUAAUCAGAAUGUGCUCUAAAGCUUAUUGUUUGAAUUUAUACGAAUACUGGGACUGUUAACAGGUGGCUAUACAUCGAUGUUUUCAAUGUGCUUAAAUUUGUUUAAAUUUUCCAUAUUCUAGAUCAUUUUUUAUUGAAGAGCACAGUAUGUGUGGAAGACAGUGUAUAACACGUAGUUUGGAAGUGGGAAGCUGGAGAGAAUUGAGUGUGUGCUGUUUUGUAUAGUUACUAUCCUGUGCAGCAGCUGGAGAAAGCUCUCACCUCAGGCUUACAAAAGGGAAUAGUUUCAGGAGCUAUGUAAGCUGGAAAAAAGGUAGGGAGUUUCGGGGUGCAGAAGGGUACUGGAGCUAAUUUUUUCUUCCAAUUUCCCAGCUACCUUGCCCCAGUGAAUUAUGUUUGUCUUCAUUUCAGUGGUGCUUUGGAAACGGAUUCUUUUGGUUCCCUCCUGGAGGUUCAUACAUUCAUAUAUAUGCUCUGGAGUAAUUUAUGCAUUUGGAUAAUUAAUAUAUUGCUUUCAGAUGCUGGGAGAGUACAUUAACUGAGUGAUGCACAACUUCCUCUCUCUCAGGGAGUUAGACCAUCAGAGGCCUUGAUGGAGAGUUGCAUGAGGUGCUAUACGCAGACUUCCAUGGGUCUGUGUGUAGUCAUGAACACAGCUUGCUUGCAUUUAGUAAGACCAAUCAGCUUAGUGUUUAUUUCUUCUACAGCACAGAUUCACUGGCUGGGUCUCCAGUCUCAAAUUGCCAAUCAUUUGCAAAGUGAGGAAGGAUCUUUGUUGACAGGUUGAAUGCUUUGAAUUUCUGGUGACUACUUUGAAAUAACUUGUUUUGUUUGUCAAAUUCUAAGCAUAUGUCUUAAAAGGCAUUUUUGACUAUCACCUCCAAGGGAAUAGCGUGAGAAACCCAAAGUACUAUGCUGCAGUCGGGGGAGAGGUGGAUUGCAGCAGUAUCCUCAACUACCUCUUCUCACUGUCAGUGACUCCAUCUUGGAAUACCUUUGGGAAGCAGCAGGAAAUGUGCAUGUGGGUAGAGAUCAAAGGAGGCAAUGGCUCCAAGCCUUGCCAUAGGGCUGCCUCCAAGGACACAGAAGGAUGCCAGUUGCCACAGGUCCCUGCCCUGUGUCACCUGUCUGCCCUUCAUUAAGGUGACAAAUCUGCAGAUAGCAUCAUUAAGAUCAGUUUUAAGGGGUGUAGGGAGGGUGAGGGAAGUGGGGGGUGUUAGGUAAGGGUGGGGGGUAGAGGUUUUGGGAUGUCUUAGUUAGAAACCAGAUUAAUAGAAGAGUAGGCCUGAUAUAUUACAUCAUGAGCCAUAGUGAUGAGGAAUCUGAGAACUGGAGAGGUUCAGUGACUUUUUUUGAAAGUCAUACAACACAGCUAACCAUUAUGCCAAUCACCAUGCUUAUUUUGGGAAACUCUUAUCUUUUUUUAAUUCCAUUUUAUGAAAAGGCAUCUUCAUGGUCCAGGGAAUAUGUAUCUUGUAAAAUGUCCCUGGUUGGAGUAGCUUGUCCAGUCUUGACAAACUACUGAAUUUCUGUCUUGCCUCUCCUUCAGUGCCUUUUAAAAGGUUUUCCCUUUUCUGAUCUGCAUUUCAACAUAGAGUCACAUAAAUGUCCCCCUGAGAAACCAAUCCCACUUCUUUCUAGGAGACUGGGUAUCUUAGAUAAUCUUUUGGGGUUCCUCUGUGAGUAUAGGAAUGGUAUCUUUCCUAACUAUCUUCCAAAGGAAUUAUUUUGUGUGUGUGCGUGUGUGUGUAGAGACAUAAAGGAGGGUGAUGUGAUUUUCAGCUAGUCCUUUCACAUUUUCAAUAAUGAGGUAAUCAUGUUACAUACACAUUAGUCCUCAGUUAUAAAGUGAAUCUCAGAUAGAAAUUAAAAGUGCAGUUGUGUUAAGACUCUUUCAUACUACCCUUUAGUCAUAAGGAGAAAAAAAACCUCAAAUAGUAGAAGCAGCAAGUAGCAAACUUCAGGAGAGCUACUUUCUGUCCAAAUAAUUUAAAAAACACUUUUCACCUACUCCUUUCAUGGUUAUAACACAUUGGCAGACUUUUUGCUGGCUCUGGGAGCCAUGAUUUUAAUCACAUUCUGCAAGGUGACAAAUGUCAUACAUUCCACAUUGUGUGGUAGCCAUCUCUUUAGACUCAUGUGUUUUGGGGAAAGGAAGAAGUUCUUGGCUGAGUACCAUUUUGAACUUUCCAGAACCUAUCUGUCCUCUCACACCAGAGACAGUUCCUCUCUGCUCAGUUUCCAAUCCCGGAUAAUUUGCUAAAAUAACAUUGUACAUCCAAGAGAGGGAAGCGUAUGUCAGUAUAUUAUGCAGAAGAUAGAUACAGCCUUUUCAGAAGAUCUCCACUAGUUGUUGUUCCAAAAAUUCAAGUUUAUGGGAGAAAUCUCAAUUAGCCACCUUUUCACAGUUGUGUGGAUGUAACAUUUGGGGGAUCUUUCUGGACUCCUACCUAUCUGUGCAUUUUACCGGCACCUCAGGAAAGGAGGGUGACCAGGUUGUCUUAGCUUGUACUGCUUGGUGAUCUCUGAGGACCUUCUAAUUCAGUUGUACCCCAGUGUUCCAUGUAUAGAAAAACUUCAUUAGAACAAACUUUACUUGAUAUGAAACUCCUAUUAACAGUCUUUUUUUGAAAUAAAAGUAGCUUGAGCUUUCUUUUAAAAUCAUGUAUCUUGAUUGUUGAUUUAAUGAAGGAUUUCCUUUUAAUGCUGCUUUUGAGCUUCAAGGUAAUAGGACAGCAGGAACCUAAAAUAUCUGCCAUCAUCUGCCAUAGGAAAGAUACCCAGAGACCCAUCAUGUUCUCUUUUUGUUGUUACACUGUUGGGUGGGUAUAACAAUUGGAAAAUGAACAAACCGAUUGAUUGUGCAAACUACUUUUUAUGACAAGCCUAAACCCUCAUAAUGCGGCAGCUUAAAGUGUAUACAUAUGCACUAACUUUGAUCAAUUAUAUUCUCAUAUCUGUUAGCCACACAAUCUCCUAUUAUCUCAAUUGCUUAUGCGCACAUGGAAUAUGUUACUUAAAACAUGUGCAUUCUUACUGAAAAUGUUUUCAAAGGAAAGUAUCAGCUGUGGGCUAAUUGCCACCAAUUUCAGCCUGCCACGAUUCUUGGAAAUAUAUCUUCCAAGUGCCAUCCAUCAUCAGUAGGACAAGUGUCGGGAGUUUGUUUAUUUUUUUCCAGUAGCAACGAUGGAUUACAUGGAGCCAUGAAACCUCCUUCUGGCCUCCCUUGUGAUUAAUGGCAUGUGUUUGUAAAAUGGAUAGCUGGGGUUGGCAGAUGGCUGGAGAAGAAUCGCCUUUGGUUUAAAAUGUAUGUGGUCCCCUAAUGAUUAUGACCCCAUUCUGUAAUCAGCUGAGCUAGUUCCAAUAAAGUUAAGCAGGUUUAAAUCCACUUUGUGCCUAUCUUUUCACUGACAAUAAAGUUAGCUAUUUUAAAAUGCA